GUAUAAACACAGACACACAGAGAUGUUCCACAGUCCCACAGAGACUAACUGCUCUGUCUCACACACUCACACUGUUUUCCGAUCUGUUGCUUCCGUCACACCCCCAUCUCUCUCUCUCUCUCUCUCUCUCUCUCUCUCUCUCUCUCUAACACACACACACACACACACACACACACACACACAGAUCCUCUCUCCCUUGUUCUUUCACAUAUACAAGACGAGAAGGUCAUGGACACAGACGACACCACAGGUAGAUAUGGGACAGGAGGUGUUUUGGUGGACAUGGACGGGACACGUGAAGGAGAUCACAUGCUCAGGAGUCACAGUGAAGAGGCUAUUGUUGACUACGGCAAGACCAGAUCAGCAUUACAUCCAGCCUUCGAGACUGAAGAACUAGAGAGUCACAGGGCUGUAUAUGUGGGGGUUCAUGUCCCUCUUGGGAAGGAGAACAGACACAGGCGUAGACACCGAGGACACAGACACCACCGCAGGAGAACUAAAGAGAGAGAAUCUGAGCAGGAUGCAGGGGAGAGAGAAUCUCUCACACAAGAUACCCCAUCUCAGCGUGUACAGUGUAUUCUGGGUACUGAGGACAGUGACGUGGAGCACAUUCCUCAUGAGCUCUUCACUGAGCUGGAUGAACUCUCCAUUCGUCAUGGCAACACAGAGUGGAGAGAGACUGCCAGAUGGCUGAAGUUUGAGGAGGACGUGGAGGAUGGAGGAGAGAGGUGGAGUAAACCUUAUGUAGCCACACUGUCUCUACACAGUCUGUUUGAGCUGCGCAGCUGCAUCGUCAACGGCACUGUGUUGCUCGGCAUGAAGGCCGACUCCAUUGAGGACAUUGCAGACAUGGUGAUAGACAGCAUGGUGGUGUCGGGGCAGCUGGAUGACUCGUUAAGGCAGAAGGUGCGGGAGGCUGUGCUGAAACGUCACCACCACCAGAACGAGAGGAAGCUAAGUAACCGCUUCCCGCUGGCCGUGCGCUCGCUUGCUGAUAUAGGCAAGAAACACUCUGAGCCGCUAUUAUUGGAGCGCAGUGGUGACGGUUUAUCUGCAUCCCGUAACUCUCUUCUGAAACUGGGCGGCUCCAUUUCCAAUUUGUCCCAGAGGAGUGACUCACGAGUCUCCAUGCUCCUGAACCACCUCCUCCCUGGCCCCGGCCAUGGUACCUCACCCAGCCCUGUCCCCACCCCGCAGAGCACCCCACCAUCUUCUCGCCACUUUGACUCAACCGACAAAGCCGCACAAGUCCAUCUGGAAAUCCCUGAGGUUGUGGUGUCUCCACCAGAGGAGGAUGAAGAGUCAGAGGAAGAAGUUCUGGAUCUCAGGGCUGGUGAAGACAAGUAUUUGUCCACGUUGGCAUCUUCUUCUUCUCUCUCCGGCUCUGUGGAUGCAGGCAGGCUGAGUGAAAACAGAUCAGCCAAGUUAGGCAACGGCAAAGAUGGCAGCACUGUAGAUCUUAGCAAGGUGGACAUGAACUUCAUGAAGAAGAUUCCUCCAGGGGCGGAGGCCUCGAACGUGCUGGUAGGUGAAGUGGAUUUCCUGGAGAAACCGAUCAUAGCCUUUGUUCGUCUCUCGCCUGCUGUACUGCUCACGGGACUCACGGAAGUGCCUGUGCCAACCAGGUUCCUGUUUCUGUUACUAGGGCCAUAUGGAAAAGGUCCUCAGUACCACGAGAUCGGACGCUCCAUGGCCACGCUAAUGACGGAUGAGAUAUUCCACGACGUGGCGUAUAAAGCCAGGGACAGAGCUGAUCUCCUCUCUGGCAUCGAUGAGUUUUUAGACCAGGUGACUGUUCUUCCUCCAGGAGAAUGGGAUCCCACCAUCCGCAUCGAGCCUCCCAAGAAUGUCCCAUCGCAGAUGAAGAGGAAGAGGCCGUCGCAACAUAAUGGCACCGUGACUCCUACCGAGCCGAGCCAUGAGGAGGAACACCAACCUGGCCCAGAGCUUCAGAGAACAGGGAGGAUUUUCGGUGGGCUGGUGUGUGAUGUAAAGCGUAAAGCUCCCUAUUACUGGAGCGAUGUGUUGGAUGGCUUCAGUCUGCAGUGUGUAGCGUCGGUGCUCUUCCUCUACUGUGCCUGCAUGUCUCCUGUUAUCACCUUCGGAGGACUGCUUGGAGAGGCCACCAAGGGUAACAUUAGUGCUAUCGAGUCGUUGUUUGGAGCGUCUCUGACAGGCGUGGCGUUCUCUCUGUUCGCUGGCCAGCCUCUGACCAUUCUGGGCAGCACGGGGCCUGUCCUUGUGUUUGAGAAAAUCCUCUUCAAGUUCUGCGAGGAUUAUGGGAUGUCCUACCUGUCCUUGCGUGCCUGUAUCGGACUGUGGACGGCGUUCCUCUGUAUAGUGCUGGUAGCAACUGACGCGAGCUCGCUUGUGUGUUACAUCACACGCUUCACAGAGGAAGCAUUCGCCGCUCUCAUCUGCCUCAUCUUCAUUUACGAGGCUCUGGAGAAGCUGCUGCAACUCCGGCAGACCUAUCCCAUCAACACAUACACUGACCUGGAUAACCUCACACUGUACAGCUGUCAGUGCUCGGCUCCCAGUCAAAUGUCCAAUGAGACACUACAGGUCUGGAACUCAACAGGACACACUGAAGAUUCAAUAUCUUGGAAUCAACUCAAUGUGUCGAUGUGUAAGCUUCUGCACGGCGAGUUUGUAGGUCCUGCGUGUGGACACAAUGGGCCCUUCAUCCCCGACGUGCUGUUCUGGUCCAUCAUCCUCUUCUUCACCACAUUCUUCCUCUCCUCUGUGCUCAAACAGUUCAAGACGGAAAGAUACUUCCCUACCAGGGUGCGCUCCACUAUCAGUGAUUUCGCUGUGUUUUUGACUAUAAUGGUGAUGGUGCUGGUGGAUUAUCUGGUCGGGAUUCCUUCACCCAAACUCAAUGUGCCUGAUCGCUUUGAGCCCACCUCGAAGCACCGUGGCUGGCUGAUCUCUCCACUUGGACCUAACCCCUGGUGGAUGGUUCUGGUGUCAGUAGUUCCUGCUCUUCUUUGUACCAUCCUCAUUUUCAUGGACCAGCAGAUCACUGCUGUCAUCAUCAACCGCAAGGAGCACAAACUCAAGAAAGGCUGUGGUUAUCAUCUGGACCUGCUGGUGGUGGCCAUGAUGUUGGGUGUGUGUUCAGUGAUGGGGCUGCCGUGGUUCGUAGCUGCCACCGUUCUCUCCAUCUCCCAUGUGAACAGCCUGAAGCAGGAGUCCAGCUGCUCAGCACCGGGGGAACAGCCCAAGUUCCUAGGCAUCAGGGAGCAACGGCUCACAGGCGUCCUCAUCUUCACCCUCAUGGGCUGCUCCGUCUUCAUGACCUCCGUACUGAAGUUCAUUCCCAUGCCAGUGUUGUAUGGAGUAUUUCUCUAUAUGGGUGUUUCGUCUCUGAAGGGCAUACAGUUCUUUGACAGGAUAAAGUUGUUUGGUAUGCCGGCGAAGCACCAGCCUGAUCUGAUCUACCUGCGGUACGUGCCGCUGUGGAAGGUUCACGUCUUCACGUUGGUGCAGCUCACGUGUCUGGUCCUGCUGUGGGUUAUCAAAGCCUCGGCUGCCCGGGUCGUCUUCCCCAUGAUGGUGCUGGCGUUGGUGUUUGUGCGUAAGCUGCUGGAUUUCUGCUUCACGAAGCGAGAGCUGAGCUGGCUCGACGACCUGAUGCCCGAGAGCAAAAAGAAGACAGAAGAUGACAAGAAGAGCAAGAAAGCUAUACAGGAAUCUGAGCAGCUGACGGAGGAAGAGGAAGAGGCAGAGACAGGACUAGCAUACACAGGAGGAAGAGGAAACGUGCUGAAGAUUCCACUGCAGGCUCACGGUGGCAGUCAGGAGAAGGUGGCGUGUGCUAGGCUGAACAUGGAACCAGGCCGGGGUGGACAGGACGAGCGGAACGUAGAGACGAUGCUCUAGGGCAGAGUUUAUUCCUUCAUUUUUGGAGCCACUCCUACUCCACCGCUGGAGCGAAGCAGCUCAUAAUCAGCAACUCGACCCUGGGCUUGAGUCAGCGGCACCCACUGCUGGACUGGAGGACUGAGAGAUAGCAGCCAUAUAGGAGAGAGCACAGUGUGUGCAGGAACACACUCACCUAACUCUGAGGACACAGGAAAUACUGUAAUGACUACUUUAUUAACCUUUUUAUUAUUAUUAUUAUUAUUUUCAGUUCUUGCACAGGGAACACUUUGCUGUAUCAUUUAGUACAUUCUUCUUGUUUUCGCAGGAUUUUUUUUUAAAAAAAAACUUGAUAAUUUAUAAUAUUAUACAUUGUAUCCAUCUAUGUGCAGUCUGGCUUUAAUGCCUUAAUCACUGACUGUGUAACAUAAUGAUCAGAUCUGCAUUCAACUGAAUGGCAUAACUGAUCGAAUCCGCUGAAAAAAGAAUUGCCAGUGAAGUUCAUUAUGAAGCACGCCGUGCUAACGGCGUUCACAAGUAGCAAAGCUAUCUGAAUCAGUUGCACUGUUUAAUAAUAACAUACACAACUUAGAUGCUGUUAUGUAACAGUCGUCAUCCCGCUUUUGGCUCACGUCAAAAAUGCAGGGAGUCAAUACCCCCCCAUAAAAAGAGUCGAUUCACUCACUCCCUGAUUCCAGGCAUUGGAAACCGAGUCAAAUCCGAGUCAAUUCCACAUACCAGAAAUGAUUCACCGCGCCCAAAUUGAGUAAGCAUAGUGAAUUUAUCUCGUCAGAGUGUUUGUUAUGGAGACAGCUAUUGAAUUUGACUGUCAGAAUUGAACAAAUCAGGACUUGAACUACAGGCAAGACUCAGUCUCAUUAGCUAUGUUUCCAUCCAAGUUGUGAAUUUCACUUAUGCGAAAAAUUGGAAUAUCGCAUAAAACAUUUGCGAACAAAGCACUGUUUCCAUCCAGGUGUUCAAGAGAGCAAAAUCGUCACUUCCGGAGGAAACUGCCGCAAAGUCGCCUACCCAAACAUACCUCUCUCUCUCUUUCUCUCCGCCAUUUUGACUUUUCUGAGCCACAUGAUUUGUUGAAGCAAAGUCACAUGACUUUUUUGAUGUGCAUCGAAGAAUUUAUUCGGUAAACUUGUUUCCAUAGUAGUGUAUGCGCACGUUUUCUUAUCGAGUUUCCAAAAUAAUUCACCUCAAUUGCUUAUUGGUUAGCACGUUCAACUCACACCUCCAGGGUCAGGGGUUCGAUUCCCACCGUGGUCCUGUGUGUGCGGAGUUUGCAUGUUCUCCCCGUGCUUGGGGGUUUCCUCCGGGUACUCCGGUUUCCUCCCCCAGUCCAAAGACAUGCAUGGUAGGCUGAUUGGCAUGCCCAAAGUGUCCGUAGUGUAUGAACGGGUGUGUGAGUGUGUGUGUGAUUGUGCCCUGCGAUGGAUUGGCACCCUGUCCAGGGUGUACCCCGCCUUGUGCCCCAUGCUUCCUGGGAUAGGCUCCAGGUUCCCCCGUGACCCUGAAGGAAGGAUAAGCGGUAUAGAAGGUGGAUAGAUGGAUGGAUCCACCUCAAUUGAGCGUGUAUGGUUUUUAUGUGCAUUUUGGAGAUUUUAUUCACAUCUGGUGUUUCCAUUUUGCGAUAACCCAAAAUUCACAUAAACAUAUGUGGAUGGAAACAUAGCUAAUGAUUCAGACCAUUGCUCCAUUGGUUACACUGAUGUAUAGUUGCUAUAAAAAAAUGUACAGAACCAGUACAGAAUGUAAUGUCAUGUUCGUUUCAGUGGUCGAUUUAAGCGCUUGAUAAUAUUUUCAUGCUGUAACACAUUAUCUGAUGAAGGUCUGGAGAGUUAUAUUGCAGUUAGUGAUCUGUUAUUUAAUUAAGCCAUGUUCAAAUUCUGUAGUAGUAUUAGCUGACUGAAAUGUUGGAAAGAUGUAUUUUGAAUGUUUUCUUUGUUUGUUUUGUAUUUAGUAUAUUUUUAUAUCCCAACUGAUUAAUUGGAAAAAAACAAAAAACAAACAUAAAACAAUAGAUUAUUAAAGCAAUCAUUAGCAGCCCUACUUCACAUGUAAUGACAAUAUGGAGGAAAAAUAUAAAAGCACGUUUCAGAAAGUGUUGGACUGCAAGUUAACUAUUUAUGAACCUUUUUGUUUUAAAAAGAAAAACAUAAAUAAUAAAGAAUUUAAUCAAAAUGAAUCUAGACGAUUUAUCAUCAGGAUUUAGUAUUAAUAAAGCCAUUGUAUACAUUUAUUUAUAGUUUUUGAACAGGAUUUUGAGCACAUGGAGUUUAACAUUUUAUUAACGUUUACCCAUGCUCAGCAAUUAAUGAAGAAAAAAAAAUAUAUUAACCAACGUGUUUCAUAAGAUCUCCCAGGUCCAUAAGUAUUUGGACAGUGACACAAUUUUCAUAACUUUGCCUCGGUACACCAGCAACACAAUGGAUUUAUAAUGAAGCAAUCGAGAUUCAAGGGGUUUAACAAAAAUACUGCAUUAACCGUUUAGGAAUUACAGUCAUUAUCCCUCCGUUUUCACAGGCUCAAAAGUAAUCGGACACUUGACUGAUACGCAAUUCCAAGCAUUGAAUUUGCAUUUGGUAGCUGUUCAUGGGAACUCUCAAUACGCGGCCCAAAGAGGUGUAGAUGCAAGGGAAGGAGGCCAUCACUAGGCUGAAAAAACAAAACGGACCAAUCAGAGAGAUAGCAGAAACUUUAGGAGUGGCCAAGUCACCAGUUUGGUACAUUCUUAAAAAAGAAAGAGUGCACUGGUGAGCUCCGCAACACUGGAAGUCCUGGAAGGACAAGGAAGACAACUAAAGUGGAUGACUGUAGAAUUAUUUCCUUGUUGAAGAAAAACCCAUUUACAACUAAUCUAGCCAAGAACAGUCAAGAACACUCUGGAGGAGGUAGGGGUAUCGUUGUCAAAAUCUACAAUCAAGAGACUUUCACUGUCUGAUGACCUCAACCCAAUUGAGCUGCUUUUUCACUUACUGAAGACAAAACUGAAGGCAGAAAGACCCACAGACAAGCAGCAACAGAAGGCAGCUGCACUAAAGGCCUGGCAAAGCAUCUCAAGAGAGGAAACUCAGCAUUUGGUCAUGUCCAAGGGUUCCAGACCUUCAGGCAGACACUGACUGCAAAGAUUUUGCAUCCAAGUAUUACAAAUAAUCUCAAUAUUUAUCGUUAGUUUGUCCAAUUACUUUUGAGCCUGUGAAAUCAGAAGGAUAAUGGCUGUAAUUCCUAAACAGUUAAUGCAAUAUGUUUGUUAAAAUAAACUGAAAGUCUACAUCACAUCUUCAAUCACAUCUUAAUCGCUUCAUCUCAAAUCCACUGUGGUGCUGUACAGAGGCAUUACGAAAAUCAUGACACCGUCCAAAUACUUAUGGACCUGACUUGUAACUUUUAUGAUACUCCCUUCAUGUGAAAUAUGAAUGAGCCAGCAGUGGUUCUCUGGAGUGUCUGACUGAUUCAGUGGAACAUACUUCAAAACGUAUAGGUUACUUACUAUUCAGGUUUUAAUCAUGUGUGCCUUGGAGAAGCGUGCAGGCUGAGCCGAACAGCGAGAGACAGAGAUAUCGUUCAAUAAUGAUCUUUCCCAGACGUAUACAUCUUAUAUAGUAUUACUCCAAAUAUUAUAUAGAAGUAAUAUCCAUGCUCUGUGUGUUCAUGGUUCACGAUGUUUCCAAAUCACUUUUUCUGGUGUGAGACUGUGUCAGUGUAUCCCAGCACUAGUUUGUGUAUGUGUGUGUGUGUGUGUGUGUGUACUGUGUGCCAAGUCAUUUUGAAAUGUUCUUUCCUGAAUAUUUGUCCCUGCAGCUCUGAAUAGGUUGCGUUAUGUGCAUAAAUGUUUCGCUAUUGUGUUAAAAAGAGUGUGUUUGUCUGUCACUGUAUACGACUUCAUACACUAGUGUACGUGUAGCAUCACACACUGUUAAUGCAGCUUGGUGAGUGUGGAUACGCAGGGGAGAGUGUGUUGUACUACAUAUAUCUGUGCAAUAAUACAGUAAUAGUUUAGUUUGUUUAAAAUAAAUAAAUUAUACAUAUAAAGUAAUAAAAGUGUAUUCUGUA